UCUAUCUGCUCUUUUUAAAAAAUUAUUCUACCUUUGUGGAGGCACUUUUUCCUGGAAUGAUGCCUUCCCUUUCCAAUCCUGAUGAACUGAUUUUUUUUGUGAACGGAAGAAAGGUAAUAGAGCUGAACGCUGACCCUGAAGUAAAUCUACUGUUCUACCUGAGGAAAGUCCUCCAUCUCUCAGGCACUAAAUAUGCUUGUGGAGGGGGAGGCUGCGGCGCCUGCACAGUGAUGGUGUCAAGAUACAACCCCAAGACCAAGAAGAUCCACCAUUAUCCAGCUACAGCUUGCCUGGUGCCCAUCUGCUCUCUGCAUGGGGCCGCUGUCACCACAGUAGAAGGUGUCGGAAGCAUCAAAACCAGGAUUCACCCUGUGCAAGAAAGACUUGCCAAAUGUCAUGGUACACAGUGCGGAUUCUGCAGCCCGGGGAUGGUGAUGUCCAUCUACACACUGCUAAGGAACCACCCAGAGCCAACCCCUGAUCAAAUAACUGAAGCUCUUGGAGGUAAUUUGUGCCGCUGUACUGGAUAUCGACCAAUUAUAGAAAGUGGAAAAACCUUCUGUGUGGAAUCAACUCUUUGUCAAAGGAAAGGAUCAGGAAAAUGCUGCAUGGAUCAAGACGAGAGAUCUUUUGUGAAUAAACCGGAAAAAAUAUGCACAAAACUGUAUAAUGAAGAUGAAUUCCGGCCCUUCGAUCCAUCCCAGGAGCCUAUAUUCCCUCCUGAACUGAUAAGAAUGGCAGAAGAUCCAAACAAGAGAAGGCUGACAUUCCAAGAGGAGAGGACCUCCUGGAUCAUGCCUGUGACCCUAGAAGAUGUUCUGGAGCUGAAAGCCAGUUUCCCCAAAGCCCCCCUAAUCAUGGGGAACACUGCAGUGGGACCCAGCAUAAAAUUCAAAGAUGUAUUCUAUCCAGUUUUCAUAUCUCCACUUGGACUUCCAGAACUAUAUUUUGUGGACACCAUAGAUGAUGGGGUGACAAUUGGUGCGGGAUACAGCCUGGCCCAGUUGAAUGAUGCCUUACUCUUUACUGUUUUGGAACAACCAAAGGAGAAGACUAAGACCUAUCAUGCUCUCCUGAAGCAUCUGAGGACGCUUGCAGGGGCCCAGAUUAGGAAUAUGUCGACUGUAGGAGGACAUGUGGUGAGCAGGCCUAGUUUUUCUGACCUAAAUCCCAUUUUGGCAGCAGGAAAUGCUACCAUCAAUCUGAGGUCCAAAGAAGGAGAACGGCAGAUUCCUUUAAACAGCCAUUUCCUUGAGAGAUCACCUGAAGCUGACCUCAAAUCAGAAGAGAUUGUGUUAUCUGUUUAUAUUCCCUACUCUACUCAGUGGGAUUUUGUGUCAGGACUCCGGCUAGCCCAACGUCAGGAGAAUGCCUCUGCGAUUGUUAAUGCUGGGAUGAGUGUGAAGUUCGAAGAUGGCACAAACACUAUCAAGGACCUUAAGAUGUUCUACGGAGGCGUGGGCCCCACCGUUGUCUCUGCAAGCCAAACCUGUAAGCAGCUCAUUGGGAGACACUGGGAUGACCAAAUGCUGAGCGAUGCCUGCCGAUUGGUCCUGGAUGAGAUUUACAUUCCCCCAGAAGCCAAGGGUGGUAUGGUGGAAUAUAGGCGAACCCUCAUCAUCAGCUUACUCUUCAAAUUCUACCUCAAAGUGAGGCAAGAACUGAACAAAAUAGAUCCACAGAAAUUUCCUGAUAUCCCAGAAAAGUUCAUGAGUGCUCUAGAAGAUUUUCCCAUAGAGACACCCCAAGGACUUCAGAUGUUCGAGUGUGUGGAUCCCCGCCAACCCCCACAAGAUCCAGUUGGCCACCCAAUCAUGCACCAGUCAGCCAUUAAACACGCCACAGGAGAAGCUGUGUUUUGUGAUGACAUGCCCCCCAUUGCCAACGAACUCUUCCUGGCUGUAGUCACCAGCACCAGAGCGCAUGCAAAAAUCAUGUCAAUUGAAACUUCAGAAGCCCUGGCACUUCCAGGUGUUGUUGAUAUAAUAACAGCAGAUGAUGUCCCAGGAGAUAAUAACUAUCAUGGAGAGGUUUUCUAUGCACAGAAUAAGGUUAUUUGUGUGGGUCAGAUAGUUUGCACCGUGGCUGCCGAUACCUAUGCUCAUGCGAAAGCGGCAGCUAAAAAAGUGAAGAUCACUUAUGAGGACAUAGAACCGAAGAUUAUAACGAUAGAGCAAGCCCUACAGCACAAUUCAUUUCUUUCUGUUGAGAGAAAAAUCGAGCAAGGAAAUGUAGAACAAGCCUUUAGACAUGUUGAUCAAAUCAUUGAAGGUGAGGUCCAUGUUGAAGGACAAGAACAUUUUUACAUGGAAACACAAACCAUCCUGGCUAUCCCAAAACAAGAAGAUAAAGAAAUGGUGUUACACCUCGGAACACAGUUUCCGACCCAUGUGCAGGAAUUUGUGGCUGCAGCACUAAACAUCCCAAGGAACAGAGUCACCUGCUGCAUGAAACGAGCUGGCGGAGCAUUUGGGGGUAAAGUGACCAAGCCCGGGCUGCUGGGAGCUAUCAGUGCCGUGGCUGCCAACAAGACUGGCCGUCCAAUCCGGUUUAUUCUAGAGCGUGGUGAUGACAUGCUGAUAACUGCUGGCCGCCAUCCACUUCUCGGGAAAUACAAAAUUGGAUUCAUGAACAAUGGUGUGAUCAAAGCGGCUGAUGUUGAAUAUUAUGUCAAUGGCGGAUGCACUCCUGAUGAGUCUGAGAUGGUAGUGGAGUUCAUUGUGCUGAAAUCUGAAAAUGCAUAUUAUAUUCCUCAUUUCCGGUGCCGGGGUAGAGCUUGCAAAACCAAUUUGCCAUCCAACACUGCCUUUCGAGGAUUUGGCUUCCCCCAAGCUACAGUGGUAGUCGAAGCCUACGUAACAGCAGUGGCAUCCCAAUGUAACUUACUCCCGGAGGAGGUUAAAGAAAUAAACAUGUAUAAAAGAACUACCAAAACAGCACAUAAGCAGACAUUUAAUCCAGAGCCCUUGCGAAGAUGCUGGAAAGAAUGUCUGGAGAAAUCUGCAUUCUAUGCUAGGAAACAGGCUGCAGAGGAAUUUAACAAAGAGAAUUACUGGAAGAAGAGAGGGCUUGCUGUAGUCCCCAUGAAAUUUACCAUUGGCGUUCCCGUGACCUACUACAAUCAGGCGGCUGCUCUAGUCCACAUCUAUCUAGAUGGCUCUGUCUUGGUGACUCAUGGUGGCUGCGAACUGGGACAAGGCCUUUACACCAAAAUGAGUCAGGUGGCUAGUCGAGAACUGAACAUCCCCCAGUCGUACAUACACUUGUCUGAAACCAGCACAAUCACCGUGCCCAAUGCCUCCUUCACAGCAGGGUCCAUGGCUACAGACAUCAACGGGAAGGCCGUGCAGAAUGCCUGCCAAAUUCUUAUGGCCCGCCUUCAGCCUGUCAUCAGGAAAAACCCCAAGGGGAAAUGGGAGGACUGGAUUGCAAAAGCCUUUGAAGAAUCCAUCAGUCUCUCCGCUACUGGAUAUUUCAAAGGCUACAAGACAAAUAUGGACUGGGAGAAGAAGGAAGGCGAGGCAUUUCCAUAUUUUGUUUAUGGAGCAGUCUGCUCUGAGGUUGAAGUUGACUGUCUGACUGGAGCUCAUAAGCUUCGGAGGACUGACAUAUUCAUGGACGCUGCUUUCAGCAUAAACCCAGCCCUCGACAUUGGACAGAUUGAGGGAGCAUUUAUCCAAGGCAUGGGAUUGUAUACCACAGAAGAACUGAAAUACUCCCCAGAAGGUGUGCUUUAUUCUCGGGGUCCAGAUGACUACAAAAUCCCCACUGCCACUGAAAUUCCAGAAGAGUUCUAUGUCACUUUGGUGCGUUCCCGAAACCCUAUAGCCAUCUACUCAUCUAAGGGCUUGGGUGAGGCUGGAAUGUUCAUGGGAUGCUCCGUGUUGCUCGCCAUAAAUGAUGCGGUGACUGCUGCCCGAAAAGAGAGGGGACUGACCAAGACCUUCACCCUGAGUAGCCCAGUGACUCCUGAGUUCAUUAGGAUGACCUGUGUGGACCAGUUUACUGAUAUGAUCCCCAGAGAUGACCCUUCAACAUUUACACCUUGGUCAAUCCAUGUGUCUUAA